UUUGUAGAUCAACAAAACGGUGAACGUGUGACAAGACAAAUGCCUAGAUUUGCUCCACUACAGGGACAAUGGCACAUGUCGGAGAAAUAAUGAGAGGUGGGUGUGAUGGCACGCGAUGGUGGAUUGAUGGAAACGUAGAACCGCAACGCAGCCCUUAUUUCCUGCUGUCUUAUGAACGUCUCCAUCAUAUAGGAGCAGUUGGUGUUAAACAAUCAAGAGCUAAACUCACCAGUCAGACAUUAUCAGGCACACGAAUUAUUCGACUCUUAUGCACUUGACAGAGCAGGACAGCAAUCAACAAGGUUUUGACCGGCAAAGGAUGAGCCUAUUACGCUUCGAUCUUUGAUCGGGGUUUUGAUUGAGCGCUAUCUUGUCAGGGCGUAUUGCGACACGGACGUUUGUUGUAAUCUGCAGUCUGCGGCGCCAAGUGACAUGGAGGCGUGGUUAUUACAAGCCGGUAGGUCUAGGCUAUUUAAACAACGUGAAACAGACUGGCUAUUUCGGGGAACCUUCAAGCAUUCUUUCCAAAUCCAUUCUUUUUCAACAACUGGCUGAAUCUUUAUAUAUUGUUGACCUGCCUAUAUUAUACGUUGUCGAUUCAUUGCACGUCAGCAGGCCUGUAUAUCCACAGACGCAGUUGAAAAUCCGCUGAAAUGAUUCUAGAACAGGUUUACGAUGUGCCUAUCGGUGUACGUCUACUUGAGAAAGUCUCUUGCUUACGGAAUCUCUCUGAUCUGUGGAAACUGCGAUGGCACAAGUUCAAUGUAUUGUUGCUCACCUUUUUGAGCUACGCCAGCUAUCAUAUGGCCCGUAAGCCAACCAGCGUCGUUAAGAGUGUUCUCCACCAGAACUGCACUAACGUAGCCGCCCCGCCUGAUUUAAACAUAACUGGCAUUGAAGACUCGUGGUGCAGCUGGAGUCCAUUUGACGGAGACGAUGCUGAUACGCUUUUGGGUGCUUUGGAUUCUGCUUUCCUCUUUUCCUACGCUUUCGGAAUGUACCUUAUGGGUUCACUUGGUGAACGCGUCAAUGUCCGCUAUUUUCUAUCAAUCGGCAUGAUGUUAUCUGGAUUGUUUGGAUUCCUCUUCGGUUUGGCAUAUUGGACUGAUAUUCACUCGUUGGCCUACUUCAUCAUUGUCCAGGUUUUAGCUGGCUUAUUUCAAUCUACUGGUUGGCCAGGCUGCGUUGCUGCCGUGGGUAACUGGUUCGGCAAAAGCAAACGAGGACUCAUUAUGGGCAUUUGGCGUUCACAUCACAGCAUUGGUAACAUUGCUGGAUCUUUGAUUGCUGGCGCCUUUGUCGAGUACUCGUGGGGCCUUUCGUUCGCUGUUCCUGCUGUAAUCAUUUUCAGUCUUGGACUUCUUCUCUUCGUCUUCCUAGUUCCUGAUCCGCGAGCUGUCGGAUGUCCUGUUCCGAACCACAGUGCCGAGCCCAAAUUGAGCCCGCCGAAGAUCGUCGUUCAAGAAGCAGGAGGCGAUAGCAGCAGCCUCGAUUCAACAUCAAUUAAAAGUGAUGGACAAAGUGACAAAUCGAUUCACAAAAACUCUGACGCUGAUGACGAUAAAGCCAUCAGUUUUUGGCGAGCCGUUCGAAUUCCUGGUGUGAUAGAAUAUUCGUUCAGUUUGUUCUUCACAAAGUUGAUUAACUACACGUUCCUCUAUUGGCUGCCUAAAUAUCUCAAGGACUCGAGUGAGACGUUGGGUAGUCAGGACGCAGCAGAACUGUCCACUUUGUUUGACAUUGGUGGAAUAUUCGGCGGGAUCUUAGCUGGCCUUCUGAGCGAUCUGACUGGGAUGAGCGCUUUUACUUGCGCUGCUUACUUUAUUCUCACCAUACCGUCGCUAUUUCUCUAUCGAGAAUUUGGUGACGUCAGCGCCGGAUUGAAUACCUUUCUGCUCUUCCUGGUGGGUUUCCUUGCCAACGGGCCGUACGCUCUCAUCACGACGGCCGUCUCUGCUGAUUUGGGUACUCAUCCGGAACUGAAAGGAUCCACUCGUGCAUUGGCUACGGUAACGGCUAUCAUUGACGGCACAGGCUCAAUAGGUGCCGCCGUCGGUCCGCUUAUCGCUGGAGCGCUGUCCAGCCUUGAAAAUGGAUGGGAUUAUGUUUUCUACGCUCUGAUGGUAGCCAGUGCAAUGGGACUGUUGCUGCUGACGCGUUUGAUGAUCAACGAGGCCAAAGCCAAAUUUGGGAAGAAGAAGCCUCCGCAAAAUGAGCAUAACCUUAGCACGAAUAGCAUAAAAUCUGAGCAUUAAAUCAAAAUAUUUAGAACAGCCCAUCAGCUCAUGGUCAGAGCUGCAACAACCACAGACAUUUCACCUCCACUUCAAACUUACAUAACCAACAUCAAGAGGUCUGAGAUUGCUGCAAAAUUGAUCAUGCAAAUAGCGUAUACUUUCUUUUCAUAUGUUAAAUACUCCUCAGAUGUUCCCUCCUUUUAUUUUGUGUUACUCCACUUUCAUCGUAAUACAUGACAGAUUCAUCAUCACCAAUAUUUGAAAAUACAAUAACUGAUCGAAUAUCUUAAAA